GCUGCGAGCCGAGAUCGCGCGCGGGCCCCGCGCCUAGCUGCCUGCCGUGGUGAGAGCCGCCGGGAGGAUGACCAUGGCCGGCGGCCGGAGGGGACUGGUGGCUCCGCAGAACACGUUUCUGGAGAAUAUUGUCCGGCGGUCCAAUGAUACUAACUUUGUGCUGGGGAAUGCCCAGAUAGUGGACUGGCCUAUCGUGUACAGCAAUGAUGGAUUUUGCAAACUGUCUGGCUAUCACAGGGCAGAAGUGAUGCAGAAAAGCAGUACCUGCAGUUUUAUGUAUGGGGAGCUGACUGAUAAAGACACAGUUGAAAAGGUGCGGCAAACCUUUGAGAACUAUGAGAUGAAUUCCUUUGAAAUUUUGAUGUACAAGAAGAACAGGACACCUGUGUGGUUCUUUGUGAAAAUUGCUCCAAUUCGAAAUGAACAGGACAAAGUGGUUUUAUUUCUCUGCACUUUCAGUGACAUAACUGCUUUCAAACAGCCAAUUGAAGAUGAUUCAUGUAAAGGCUGGGGAAAGUUUGCUCGGCUGACCAGAGCACUGACCAGCAGCAGGGGCGUCUUGCAGCAGCUGGCCCCCAGCGUGCAGAAGGGUGAAAACGUCCACAAGCACUCCCGCCUGGCAGAGGUCCUGCAGCUGGGCUCAGACAUCCUUCCCCAGUACAAGCAAGAGGCACCAAAGACUCCUCCUCAUAUCAUCUUACACUAUUGUGUUUUUAAGACCACGUGGGAUUGGAUCAUCUUGAUCUUGACUUUCUACACAGCCAUCUUGGUCCCUUACAAUGUCUCCUUUAAAACCAGGCAGAACAAUGUGGCCUGGCUGGUUGUGGAUAGCAUCGUGGAUGUCAUCUUUUUGGUGGACAUUGUGCUGAAUUUUCAUACAACCUUUGUUGGACCAGCGGGGGAGGUGAUUUCUGACCCCAAACUUAUCCGCAUGAACUACCUGAAGACAUGGUUUGUGAUUGACCUUCUGUCCUGUUUGCCAUAUGAUGUCAUCAACGCUUUUGAGAACGUGGAUGAGGGAAUCAGCAGCCUGUUCAGCUCUCUGAAAGUUGUCCGGCUGCUCCGUCUCGGGCGAGUGGCCCGUAAACUGGACCACUACAUUGAAUAUGGAGCUGCUGUGCUGGUCCUGCUGGUCUGUGUGUUUGGGCUGGCUGCACACUGGAUGGCCUGCAUCUGGUACAGCAUCGGGGACUAUGAGAUCUUCGAUGAGGACACCAAGACGAUCCGCAACAACAGCUGGCUGUAUCAGCUGGCGAUGGACAUUGGCACUCCCUACCAGUUUAAUGGGUCUGGCUCAGGAAAGUGGGAAGGUGGUCCCAGCAAGAACUCAGUCUACAUCUCCUCACUGUACUUUACCAUGACCAGCCUCACCAGCGUGGGCUUCGGGAACAUUGCCCCAUCCACGGACAUUGAGAAGAUCUUCGCAGUAGCUAUCAUGAUGAUUGGCUCACUUCUUUAUGCCACCAUAUUUGGGAACGUGACAACUAUUUUCCAACAGAUGUAUGCCAACACCAACAGGUACCAUGAGAUGCUCAACAGUGUUCGGGACUUCCUAAAGCUCUACCAGGUACCCAAAGGCCUGAGUGAGCGCGUCAUGGACUACAUCGUGUCUACCUGGUCCAUGUCCAGAGGCAUCGAUACAGAGAAGGUUCUCCAGAUCUGUCCCAAGGACAUGAGAGCUGACAUCUGCGUGCACCUAAACCGUAAAGUGUUCAAGGAACAUCCAGCCUUCCGGCUGGCAAGUGACGGCUGCCUGCGAGCCCUGGCGAUGGAGUUCCAGACUGUGCAUUGUGCCCCAGGGGACCUCAUCUACCAUGCAGGGGAGAGUGUUGACAGCCUCUGCUUCGUGGUCUCAGGCUCACUUGAGGUGAUCCAGGAUGAUGAGGUAGUGGCUAUCCUAGGGAAAGGGGAUGUGUUUGGAGAUGUGUUCUGGAAGGAAGCCACUCUCGCCCAGUCCUGUGCCAACGUUAGGGCCCUGACCUACUGCGACCUGCACGUGAUCAAACGUGAUGCCCUGCAGAAAGUGCUGGAGUUCUACACCGCCUUCUCCCAUUCCUUUUCCCGGAAUCUGAUUCUCACCUACAACUUGAGGAAGAGGAUUGUGUUCCGGAAGAUCAGUGAUGUGAAGCGGGAAGAGGAAGAGCGCAUGAAGCGGAAGAACGAGGCGCCCCUGAUCUUACCUCCUGACCAUCCGGUCAGACGACUCUUCCAGAGGUUCCGGCAGCAAAAAGAGGCCAGGCUGGCAGCAGAGAGAGGUGGCCGGGACCUGGAUGACCUAGAUGUGGAGAAGGGCAGCGCCCUCACUGAGCACAGUACCACCAACCAUAGCCUCGUGAAAGCCAGCGUGGUCACAGUCCGGGAGAGCCCUGCCACACCCGUGUCCCUGCAGGCAGCCUCAGCCUCUACAGUGUCAGACCAUGCCAAGCUGCAUGCACCCAGCUCUGAGUGCCUGGGCCCCAAGGGUGGUGGUGGUGACUGUGCGAAGCGCAAAGGCUGGGCCCGCUUCAAGGAUGCUUGCGGGAAGGGUGAGGACUGGAACAAGGUGUCCAAGGCUGAGUCCAUGGAGACACUGCCAGAGAGGACCAAGGCGACAGGUGAGGCCACACUGAAGAAAACAGACUCCUGUGACAGUGGCAUCACCAAGAGUGACCUGCGCCUGGACAAUGUGGGUGAGGCCAGGAGUCCCCAGGACCGGAGCCCCAUCUUGGCUGAGAUGAAGCAUUCCUUUUACCCCAUCCCAGAGCAGACACUGCAGGCCACCGUCCUGGAGGUGAAGCAUGAGCUGAAGGAGGACAUCAAGGCCUUGAACGCCAAGAUGGCCAGCAUUGAGAGCCAGCUCUCAGAGAUACUCAGGAUAUUAACUGCCAGAAGAUCCUCUCAGUCUCCUCAGGAGCUGUUUGAAAUAUCGGGGCCCCAAUCCCCAGAAUCAGACAGAGACAUUUUUGGAACCAGUUGAGAGGUUUGCUUUAUAAAAUAGUAAAGGAAAGUUUGCACCCCGCCCCUGACAACACCCUGCGCACAUACACCCAUGCCACCAGUGCUGUCCAAAGUCUCUCCAGACAGAAAAUCAGCGCGGCUCAGCAGGACGAAGGCGGGGAGGCGCCACUGCCUGUCAGACCGCAGCUGUGUCACAACUGCCUUUGCACAGUUCUGCAGGAAGGGCGUGCUGUCCAAAGGGUGUUUUCCUUCAUUUUAAAUGUUGUACUGCCACACCAUUUAUCGAAGGUUAAAACUUCCAGGAAGAGCAGUAGCUGUCUGGGACUGACAGGAAAGUGCCGAGCACCCCUCAUGUAUAUACCAUGCUGGGCUCCUUGCCGAGGUCCCCAGAGACCACCGUGGGCAUAGAGACUCCCCAGCAUUCCUCACCCUUGUACAGCUCAUCUUAGCUUCACCAUCUAUUUCUCUACAGUUGCCAUUUGUAACAAGCUCGGGACAAGGGAAGCUUGAGCCGCAGGGAGAGGAGGGUCCUUUAGCUUUCUGUCCCUGAUAGUGAAGGCAGACAGCAGGUGCUGUGUGCCCCUCACUCACCCUCGAUGCAUGCAGCUGGGAUCCUUCGGUCUCUUUGCCCUGAAGCAAGGCAAGGGCGAGGCCUGGAGAGGGCCCUGGCUCCAGGAGCUCAGCUGGGCUUUGCAGCCUCCUACAGGAUGCUCGUCCAGGUGGCCCUGCAGCCUGCUCCAGCACAGGCUGCCCUGCUCUUCUCCCUCUGGCUCUUCCCAAGUGUUCCCGUGGCGUUCCUCAGGGAAUGGGACAUCAGCAGGAAGGGGCAUGAGCCCAAAGUUGCUUUACUCACACACACACACACACACACACACACACACACACAUAGAGACACACACACACACACACAACCUCAGAAAAAUGAUUGUAGCAAGUGCUGUUUGUAUUCUGAUUCUCAUAGGGAUCGCCUUCAGAAAUUUGUAUUUUGCCUACUGCAUAGGGUCAUUAUAGGAUGCUUGGGAGCCAUGCAUAGCCUUGUUGGAAAGACAACCUUUCUGUUUCCUACUAAGAAAAGUGGCAGGUUCAUGACUGCGAUGUCUUCAGGAGCUAGAAUAAAAAGAAAAAGAUGAAGCCGCAGGUUUUUAAGCUGUUUCUACAAGAAGAUGGAGAAGACAGGCCAAAGAGCUGCAGCCGUGAAGAAGGUUGGAGCCCAGCGCCAGGGUGCUCAGGACAUACAUGGCUUUGCCACUGGGGCUGGGCCUGGGCUUCAGUGGUGUCAGAGAAAGGAGGGCAGAGUGUCUCUUCCAGCCAAGUGGAACUGGCCUCGGUACACGCCAUGGUGAGCGGAGUCAGGACCCAGUGCUGCCCAGCAGGGCCAGAAACUCUAAGAGCACGGAACUGGGCACACAGGCGACAGCAAGGCCUGGUCCACCCUGCGGACCUGUGGCUGUGCUGCGCUGUGGUGAUUCUGUCCCCAGCACUUCUGCCUGGCAUCACUUUGCUGUCAAAAUUCUGAAAGCUAAUGUCCUUAGGGAACAAGACAGAUCAAGAUCUGGACCACCAAAGAUUCUGUGUUCCUUGAAGCCACUCCUCCUUUCAACUCACCUGAUCCUCAGUGGUGUCGAGGUGACACAGAUGGCCCCGUGAGGCAGAAGGAGUCACACGUGUGACUUUCAGUGUGAAGCCUGUGGAGGGCCAGUGGCAUCCUCAGACUAUGUUGUUAUUUGCCUUUGCCUUGGCUGGCAGCCCACAGGAAACAGAAGUGCCAUUUACCAGGCUGAGUCCCGUCUGAUCCUAGAAUGUCUCGAGUCCCACCUGACGCUGCCCCCCAGGCAUUCCAGUGUGCCGUUCUUCAAGCAUACUUGUUAACCUGCUGCCUGGGACCUGCUCCUCUUAAGGCAGUCUGGGGUCCCUUAGAACCCCAAGGCCAGCUGCAGGGCCUUCUGUCCUUGGACUUCCCACUGGCUCUCUGGAGACCUGAUGGGAGGCCCCACUCAGCCUCUGCCCCUUCUAGCUCUGCACCAAGUCUGUUCAACAGUCACAACCUGGGAUUUGACAGGCAAGGAAGCUGUGGAGCCUCAAAGCCCAGACUCAUUGUAGGGAGAGAUGGAAUUUCAGGCAGCAUUCAGGAGAACCACUUGGUGAAGGCUGGAGUCCCGGCCUUGCUUUGAGAACCUACUCUUCUUGGGCUGUGGAGCCUGCAUGUGAUUCCCUGUAGGUGACAGCCAAGAGCAGCACAGAUGUGGCUGCAUCUGCUUUUAUUCUUCUCCAUUUAAUCAUUUUCAGGAGUUUUUGGUAAAAUGGUUGUCUGAAAAAACUUUUUUAAAAUGAGCUGAACCUCUUUUCCUUCCCUUUCUAUGACAUGCACUUGGGCGCAGGCUGCUUUGUGCUACCUACCUACCCUUGCUAGCUCUGACCCUGGGCACCUGCACAAGGACACGGCCCUCAGGUACCACUGACUGACUCCUUCAGUAUAUAUUUGGUGGCUGAAGAGAAAUUAGAGAAGUUCACUGAGUAUUAGACUGAAUUACAGACUUCAGAAAAAUUAUGUGACGAGGUAGAGAUCUCUUUGAGGUUUUGUGUCUUUUUUACAGAUAUGUUGCCCCUUUUCCCAGUAAGAGCUGGUUACCUGAUCUCCACUGAACUCCUUAUUUUUGAACAUGAUUCAGGGAAGCUCCAUUUCCUACAUAUCUUGACAGGCUGCUUAGAGGUGGGGAGGUCCUGCCCCUGCCACCUGGCUGCCCAUGGAACACUCUCUUCCUUACGAUGGCAUGAGGGUUGAGGCUGCAAAAUAAGGAGCCUCAUUCUUGGUGGGGGGCACCAACUCCAGCAGGGUGAGGGGCCAUCCCACCACCCAUGAAGGCUGCCCCCCAGGGGGUGACAUGAUGGUCCAAGGGAGGUGGCAGCAGCCACCGGGCAGUUAAGCUGUGGUUUUGCACACAGCUAACACAGCUACUUCAUCACAGUACUCUGUGAUACUAAUGAGGCUCUGGUGUGGCCCGGAUGUUUAAAACCUGGGCCCACUUUGGCAGCCUUCCAGCCAACUUUUAGAAAUACAUUUCUCGCUAGCUGAUUCCUAUGGCCUCUGUUACUCUAGGCCUCUUGUAGCCUCUGUGCUGCCACUGGUCACAUGUCAAUCCCUUUCUGGAAGCUUUCUCCUUCAGAAGCCAGGCUACCUAGUCAAGGGCCAAAGACACUGAGUCACCCUACCCCAACCAGCAAUCUUGAUUUUCCACAUCGGGUGGGAAAUGAAAGUAUGAACCUACCACCCAAAUUGUUCAAGUCUGUGAGAACGAAAAGAACUCCAAAACAUUAGAGGAAGAUCCCUUUUUUCCCUGGUUGCACUGACCCCCGUGUCAUCUGUACACUCUGGGCCACUUUUAGGAGCUCCGGUGGAGAUACAGGUUGCUGAUGCACAUCUGAUUAACAGAGUGUACUAUGUCUGCGGGAAAGAUGUUUAGCCUUAAGACCCCUGAAUGGACCCCAGCUGUGAGGGAGCUGCACCAUUCCUCCCCUCCUCACAGACCCUGGCUUCAUGAGGAGGUCCCUGGGGGUCACCGCAGCCCCAGACGGCCUCUCCUGUGCCACUGAGUCUCUGUCGCUGCUUCCUGCACUGCCUUCUCACUUGCUUCUCUAAAAGUGACCUCCACCCCUCUUGUGCCCUCCACCUGGAGACCUUGGUCUCCUCAGCAUUGACUGCAAGCAUUGGAGAAAGGACUCCUUUCUCCCCAAAGGCACCGGUGUUGAGAACUUACAGUUUCCACACCCCACUGUUCAAAGGAAUCGAUGUGAAUUACCUGCAGCCUAAAUUAGUUUCAAAUGAUCCAUUCUCAUGCAAGCAUAUCAGGCUUCUGCAAUCUCUAACACUGGACUUGAAUACCUUGCAAGUGCCAGGCCUGGUGUUGCCCUCUCUGCCUGCCAUUUGACUUUAUUAGAGCCACUCUCGCUUCACCUGUGACUUCUGCGUCAUCUGACGGAGCCACUGGCUGUUUAAUAAGAAGCUCAAGCUUUUGUAUGAGGAGACAAGCUGCACUGAUGUCAAGGACGGGCUGCCGAUGCACAGGUUCUCUUAAUAUUCAGAUCCUGUUUCUGUGCAUCCCUUGCAGACAGUCCACCCCCAGCAUUCUGUUGUGUGGAACUUCUGCCCAUGAGCAGUUCAGCAUUCUGGGCCUUCUCUUAUAGGAACAGUCUUUCCAUUAAGUCCUGCCAAACCCUUUAUUGAGUUUUCCUUUGCAUCCACCACUUUGUCCAAAUGAGCAUGAAUAAACCGAAGUGCAAAUGAGAUGAUACUAUUUUUGUGGUCAGUGGAGGCUGAUGACAGGAACUUCAUCAUAGUCUGCGGCUGGGAUGUGAACAGGACCC